UCAAUAUUCAAGCCCUGAUCUCCCCGUUGAGCAAUGAGGCCAAAGAGAAGAGAGAGCUGAAAGACAGAUGAGACAGAGGGAGGGCUGUGGGAUGUCAUGUGUAAAGAAGGAGAUUCUCAUUGGAGGCAAAGAGAAAGAAGAUCGCUAUGCAUGUUUUGUGGAAGAAAAAAAAAAGUGGGGGAAAAAGGACAAACAAAAGCAUCCUACAGUACAUGCUGAAGCCGUAUUGGUCGUACUGCUACGCUGCGGACUCCACAUCUAAUCAUUAAGUGUAGUGGUUUUAGAAAAGAGCUCUAACAAGAGUGGAAGGAUGUUCUCCAAGCUCAAGUGGCUGAUUGUGAUCCAGCUCCUGCUGAAUGAACAGGCUCUGUGCAGAGUGCCACCUCCUUUGGCACUGAGGAAGACUCUGCUUCCAGAAACUGACAUCCAUGAAGUUGGAGAGAAGACGACCAAACAGGAUGAUCAGGCUCUCCGGGGCUCCCGACUCCAGCUCAGUCUCUCAUCUGCAGAAAAGCCUGGUCCUGUGUCAGCGGUUGGACAAAAAGAGGAGAGAGUCCAGUCUGCUGAACAUGUCAUAUCAGUCCUCAGGGCGAAGCUUCAGGGGCAGAUUCAAGAUCAUCUCCACAUUGAAGGAAAUGUCAGCUGUGGGGAUCUGCUGUCUGCCAGCACUGUGGAUGACCCGUUAUCCUCCGUGUUCCCGCAGGAGCUGCUGGGUCUCUCUUUAGUGCCCGUGUUGGUGGUGGCAGGCUGCCCACAGGAGGCGCAGACCCUGGUGCUCAAGCUGUACGACCUGCUGGGAGUGACUGACACAGAGGAGCUCCUGAUGGAGGUGGAGGAUCUGAUAAAGAGGAGGAUGAGCAAGUCAACAUCCAUGCCAACACCUGCAUCAACAGCAUCUACAUCAGAAAGGGAUCAAGCAGGGCACCACUUAGAGGCUUUGAUGUUUAACAUCCAGCAGCUGGCCGUAAUGGGAGAAGGUACAAUGGGACAAGGCACCUCUAAGCAUGAGGAGCGUUGUGAGGGUUGGACCAGAGUGAAUGGAACCAUACUGGUAGGAACAGCUGUGGAUGGAGCCACAGGUGGACUGGAGGAGGCUGUGGACACCUGUGAGAGACUGGGAGUCCUGUGUGCUGGUGUGACCAGAAGUGGACUACACAAACCUGGCAAGUAUGAGGCAGUGUUGAAGAAAGGCAGUCGCAUCCUGCCUUCUGAAUCCCCCGAGUCUGAGUGUUGGAUCCGUCAGUGCAGUGCAGAGGAGGAUGUUUCGAUCCCCGCCGCUUCAGGUGGACGGAUGAGGCGCAGCACCCAAAGGAGCUGCAUCAACAAAAGUGAGGAGCGCGUGUACAACGUGAUGGAGUGGAUCCCUGCUGUCAGCACCCUCUACAAUCUCGGCACAGCUGUGUAUUAUGCCUCAGUCAACUGCUCGGAAACUGCUAAGGAGAGAGCCAUCCUCAGUGCCGUUGACCUUGGCACAGAUGCUCUCAUGGUCGCCACAGGGGGGACUGCCGGGGUGGCGGGCUAUGCCCUGGGAGCAGGGGUGAAAACCGGGGUAAAAGCUGGAGUCAGGUAUCUACUCAACUCCAUGAAGGAUGAAGACGACGUGCUGGUGAACCAGUUCAGCUGGGAGGAAGGUGUCAUCACUGUACAGUAGACUGAUGCUUGUGAAGCUUUAGUAAUAAAUAUAUUUUAGUUUAUACAUGUUUUAAAAUAACGAGAAAGGAUCAAUGUUCGUUAACUGACAUGGUUUCGGAGUAACAAAAUAUCUUACCAGACUUUACAUAAUCUAGAUAAUUUGGAAAACAGGAUUAUUCAGUGGAUCAUCAGAAUCAUGUUUGAAAGGGGAAAAAAAGCUUUUUUGCAUUUUGUUUUGUGUAACUGUGCACAUAAACAUCAUUUUACACAAUUUGCACAAUAAUUAUUCUUUCUUGAAGAUGAUUUUCAUGAUUUUCAGAGAGAAAGAGAGACAAUCUAACCUUAAGGCUAUUAAAAUAGUAUAAAGUGAUUUACAUUACACAUUCAUUGUAAACAAUCUCAAUAAUCUAACAAUAAGUAAAGUCAGAAAAUAAGCUUUGUACCUUUGCUUUUAGAAAAAUAUCUCCUUUUGUGUAUAAUAGAUACAACAGUUGUACAAUUUAUCCUGUUAAGCAGCAACAUUUAAAGAACUGGUCUCAGGAAACUCAGCCCUUAAACCCUCAAGACUUUGAUUUGUACCCUCCACCACUGUUUUUUCUUUUCCUCAUGUCCUCCAUCAGUCUUCUUCCUUCCAAUCAAAACCUUCUGUCUGGUCAGAGUCACAUUCCCACCUCUGGUGUAAUUGCAGGGACAAUAGAUUGAGAACUGAAUUUUGUUGUUUUAUAUGUUUUCCUUUACAUGUUAAUAAAGUGUAUAUUAAAUCUG